AAGUCCAGGCUGGGACUGCAGCAACGGGGAUGGUGUGGAUGGACCCCGUUGGGAUUUGCGUGGAAGAAGAGGAUUUUGGAGCAGAGAUCUUUGCUGGAGCCGUCCUUGGCAAUUGGUCACCAGUAUUCCUCUCUGGGGACUCAGCCCAUCCUCUGUGGGAGCAUCCCAGGACUGGUCCCCAAGCAGCUACGAUUCUGUCGGAACUAUGUGGAGAUCAUGCCCAGCGUAGCAGAAGGGGUGAAGAUUGGGAUCCAAGAGUGUCAACACCAAUUUCGAGGGAGGAGGUGGAACUGCACAACUGUCAAUGACAGCUUGGCCAUCUUCGGACCCGUGCUAGACAAAGCUACCAGGGAAUCCGCCUUCGUCCAUGCCAUUGCUUCUGCCGGAGUGGCUUUUGCAGUGACCAGGUCCUGUGCCGAAGGCUCGGCCACCAUCUGCGGCUGUGACACUCGUCAUAAGGGCUCUCCAGGGGAAGGCUGGAAAUGGGGAGGCUGCAGUGAGGACGUGGAGUUUGGGAGCAUGGUGUCUCGGGAAUUCGCUGAUGCCCGAGAGAACAGACCGGAUGCUCGGUCAGCCAUGAACAGGCACAACAAUGAAGCUGGAAGGACCUCUAUUAUAGAACUCAUGCAUCUGAAGUGCAAAUGUCACGGCCUCUCGGGCAGCUGUGAAGUGAAGACCUGCUGGUGGUCUCAGCCUGACUUCAGGGUCAUCGGGGAUUACCUGAAGGACAAAUACGACAGCGCUUCGGAAAUGGUGGUGGAAAAACACCGGGAAUCCCGUGGUUGGGUCGAGACCCUGCGGCCCAAAUACAACUUCUUCAAGGCUCCGACUGAGAAGGACCUGGUUUACUAUGAGAACUCACCCAACUUUUGUGAGCCCAACCCUGAGACGGGUUCCUUCGGGACUCGUGACAGGAUCUGUAACGUCACUUCCCAUGGGAUUGACGGCUGUGACCUUUUGUGCUGCGGCCGCGGGCACAACACGAGGACUGAGAAACGGAAAGAGAAGUGCCACUGUAUCUUCCACUGGUGCUGCUACGUCCGCUGCCAGGAAUGCAUACGAGUCUACGAUGUCCACACGUGCAAGUAA